UGUAUCAUGCUCUUCCGAUGAACUAUGUAACCAUUAGCAAUCUCCGAAGCAAACUAGGAGGAGAGACAAAUCAAACUACUGUGAAGAAGCUAAUAGAUAAAAUGACAGAAGAUGGCUUUAUUGAGGCUAAGAGUAAACGCAGGCUAGGCAAGCGUGUGAUCCACUCUGACUUGACUGAGAAAAAGCUGGUUGAGGUUAAGAAGGUCUUAGAGAAAGAUGCCAUGGACGUGGACAUGAACAAAUCGGAAAACAAUCCCACAGAUUUAUCCACUUGCGGUGCUCUCCACUCUAUUGGAUCAGAUCUCACACGCACAAGAGGCAAAUCUGAUGCCUACCAGAAUGGCUCUGCCUUGAGUGAUCAGACUGUCUCAAAGAGAAGGGACCAUGAAAAUACACCAUCAAGCCGAGCUGAGCCCAUAGCUUCUACUGAGAGUUUUGUUCCUGGAAAAGAGAAUGGAAAAUCAUAUGGAAGCACCAACCAUUUUAAUGAGUUCGAGACAGUUAUCUGUAGCAGAUCGGGUAAGCGUAAAAGGAAAGCAAGCAUGGUGGAAGAGCCCAUUCUUCAGUUUGGGAGCCGCCAAAAAUCUCAAAUUGCGUGAAGCUCACCUCUGGAUGCUCAAUUAGUGACAUUUCUUGGUAGUUUCUUUAGUGGUAGUCUUCUCUUAACCCGAGCAGCUAUGUGUUGGUUUAAUCUUGGAACUUUCGUUUGUUAACUAGCAAAUAUACCGGUGACCAUGAUACUGUAGUCAACAAAAACUAAUAUUUCUCUUAUGGAAACUGAAAUAUAACCCCAAAGUUGAAGUUCA